UUCCGAAGGUGUAUCGUUCUUCACUGCGAUUUCACUAAACCUUGUAUCUCUCCAGAAGAAAUCCCGAUUAAGUUAAAUUGUUGAACGUACACAGACCCCUAGGGUUGAGGAGCAAACCAUGCGUCGAUACAAAGACGAGCCUCCUGCUGUGCGCGUAUAUACAGUCUGCGACGAAUCUAGAUAUUUGAUUGUGAGAAACGUUCCAGCAUUAGGAUGUGGCGAUGAUUUGAUGAAAUUGUUUGCUACUUAUGGAGACAUUAAUGAAUGUAAGCCGAUGGAUGCAGAGGACUGUGAGGCAUUUACUGACGUUUACUUUAUCAAAUUUCAACGGUUUAGCAAUGCCAGAUUUGCGAAAAGAAAACUGGACAAAUUUGUUUUUCUUGGAAAUAGACUGGAGGUUUCAUAUGCUCCUCAUUUUGAGAGUGUGGAUGAUACUAAGGACAAGUUAGAAAGCAGGAGAAAGGAAGUUCUAGCUAGAUUGAACCCUGGAAGAUCCAAAGCGCCAACGGUUCAUAAUUCUGGCAGUUUAAGUGAUUCAUUGUUGGUUGAAGCUCCUUCUCAAUUUAACUUAAAUUCCCAAAAAAUAACAUCUAAACAAAUGGACUUUAGAGAAUUACACCGUGUUUGUCAAGUGAAUGAUUCUCCUAUCACUUUCUGUGGGGACUCUAGUAAAUCACAACAUAUUUAUCAAGUUAAUGAUUCAUCAGUCACAAGAGUUUCCUCUGAUAAGGAUUAUUUUUCAUCCCAAUCAAUGAAUCAGACAGUUCGUUUUGUCAGGGAGAAGUUGAAUAAGAUUGAAUCAAGUACGGAGCAUCUACAAGCUGAACCUGCAUCUAAGAAAAUGAGAGUAGACAAUAGGAGGAGGAUCUGAAAAUUCUUUGGGUGGAGAGAACCAAUCGGAUUUUUCAGUGUUCUUCCUGCCACCAUUAUUAUGUUGCUUCUGCAACCUCAAUGGAUUAAGUAUAUACAUUAUAUGGCGGCACCUGUAAAGUAUGCAUUAGUUCUUGAUUCUUUACAUAACAGAUUUUUUUUCAUUUGAUUUGAUUUUUUUCUAUUUCGGUAUCAAAUGUAAUGCACAUUCUGUAUAUUGUUGAAAUAUUGCUCAGUAAUGUGCUUUUGUUUUUUUUCUUGUAAUAUAUAUACAGAAAGAACUUGUAAGUUUUUCAUUAGUAUUUUGUUAAUCAAGUAUCAUUAUUUA